AUGACAAUAGUGAUACGUCGUCCGCAGACUCGGAUGACUCGGACUCGUCGCCGGCAGUUUCCGGCGAUGACGACGAUGACGAUAGUGAUGAUAGCGAUCGCGAGGGAGGAGCGGAGAACAACGCCAACGAGCAGAUCGACGUGGAGAAUCUUCCCUUCAUGCAAAUUGGCAGCGUAAAAAAUGGGUGGAACUAUUUCCGUGACCUGCAGCUCCGUCCAGCAGGGCUGUUGUUCCGUGGUAAAUCAGCCGUUGGUGGGUUGGGUUACAAUUCGUUCGGGUUCCAGUCGCGUGCCUACGGAUCGAAACAUCUGGUGGAGCGACUGGAGCUGUCCCAUCGCCUUUGCGAGCACGACGGUUGUGUCAACAGUUUGAACUUUAACUCGGCUGGAACGCUGCUGGCUAGCGGGUCCGAUGACUUGAAGAUCAACCUGUGGCACUGGCAAACGAACAAGCUGAUGCAGUCGAUCAGCAGUGGACAUCGGGCGAACGUGUUCCAGACCAAGUUCGUCGAUGCCAGUGGGUAUCGCGGGGAGAUCGAGAUCAUUUCAACGGGACGGGACGGACAGGUUCGUCAAACCCGUGUUGGUCCGGCCGGGGAGGUCACACGUACGGUACUGUUCAAACAAAGUCAGGCCAUCCACAAGAUUGCCAUUCCGGCCCGGUGUCCGUUCGAGUUUAUGACGGCCUGCGAAGAUGGUGUCAUCCGGAGUUACGAUCUGCGUGAUAACACGGCCAAACGUGUCACCAAUGCCAAAAAGCGACUGUACAGCAUCUCGACGCACCCGUUUGACAACGAGUUUUGCGUGUCUGGUAACGACGAAUCCGUCCGGGUGUACGAUCGGCGGAACCCAUCCAAACCGAUGAAGUUCCAUUACGCCGCCCACAUGAAAACCAAAAAGGAGCACUACACGGUGACUUGUGCCGUGUACAACAGCACCGGUACGGAAAUCCUGGCCAGCUGCAGCGACGAAGACGUCUUCCUGUUCGACAACGUCAACCAUGAAGAUGGAAAGUUCCUCCAUCGCUACAGUGGACACUGUAACAUGAAAACUAUCAAAGGUGUUAACUUCUUUGGUCCUAACUCGGAGUUCGUGGUCAGCGGAAGUGACUGCGGAAAUAUCUUCUUCUGGGAUAAGGAGACCGAGGUCAUCGUCAAUUGGCUCCACGGAGACGAUUCCGGCGUGGUGAAUUGCCUGGAACCCCAUCCGGAGUUCCCCAUAAUGGCAACUUCUGGGCUGGACGAUGAUGCCAAGAUAUGGAUCCCGAAGGGAGCUGAUGAUCAGCACGAAUCGCCCGCGUUUUCCCGCGAAAGCUUGGAACGAUGCGUGAGGCGAAACUUGCGGAACCGCCAGGCCAAUCGCUGUACGUCGUCUAGCGAAGAUCGCAUUCUGGAUUUUCUAAUGUUCAGCCGGCAGGGAAUUGGUGGUCGCUUACGCCGCCCCUUUUCCUCGGACAGCGAAGAUCAAGCGGAUGGCGAUGGUAAUGGCGGAGGAGGUGCCGGCGGCGGAACCAGACGGGGCGGGGGUGGAAGGCGCGGCGGCGGUGGUCGCGGAAGCGGUGGCGGAGGCGGCGAGGACGACGACCGCAUGAUCUUGCAGUGUAGCCAAUCGUAGGGGAGGAUGGAUAUCAGCCAACCAUUGCGACUGGUGGUUGUGGGGGCAAGAUGGAAACAUUGUGAUUUUAGUGGAAGUUUUCUAAACACACACCGUAAGCGUUCGUUAUCGGUGGCGAUUCUUUCAUGAACAUUGUUGCUAAAACAGUAAAUAAAUAAAAUGGUACUGCGAGGGCAGUCUUGUUUGUUGUUAAUUUGAAAAAUUCUGUUAAGACUGCCAGAUUAUAAGUUGCUGAUUCAGAUUUUGUCUCUAUUAUACUCCAAUGUUUGUCCUAGAGUACCGCUACAAAGCGGAAGUAAAAUGCAUAGCGGUGCAAAACUUCCCAAAUGAGAUUGAAUGUUCUAGUAAUUUGGAGUUUAAAAAAAUUAAAAGGACAAAUAAAAUGCGAUUAGCUCAUUUCAAUGUAA